CUGUGACACUGAAACGCAACGCAAAGCUCGCAGAUGUCUAUCCCUGCAUGGAGUUGGAAGACUUGGAGUGUUCUGAUGUAUGCGAUGACACCGAGGCUCUUCUUCAUCAGCAGGUGCAGAAGUCGAGUGAUGCUGUCUCUGACAAUGGGGGCGAGUCCCACGUUACAUCUGAUGACACAAGUUUCCCAGAUGUUCGGGAUAGAGAGAGAGGAUGCAAUGGGCAUCAAGGCAGUCCAAACUCAAUUUUGCAUGACCUGGGGCUGGCUGACAUUGACCUUGGCGCCUGUGACGUGUCGCCAGCUUGCAAAGAGAAACUUGUCAAAUUGAUAGCUCAGUACCAGUCCAUCUUUUCCAGGCACAAGUUGGAUUGUGGAAAAGCUACAGGCUUUGUUCACCGGAUACGACUCAGCGACGACAGACCUUUCCGGUUGCCGUACCGACGUGUCGCACCAAAUCAGUAUGAGAAACUCAGGCAAGUGCUGGAUGAGAUGGAGGAACGAGAGAUCAUACAGAAGUCCAGCAGUGACUUUGCGUCACCCUUGGUUCUCGUUUGGAAAAAGUCAGGGGACCUUCGACUCUGUACCGACUUCCGUUGGAUCAAUGCCCGCACCAUCAAGGACGCUCACCCGCUACCACAUCAGGCUGAUGCACUGGCAGCCUUGGGCGGCAAUGCCUUUUUCUCGACAAUGGACCUCACAUCAGGCUACUACAAUGUGGAGGUCCAUGAGGACGACCGAAAGUACACGGCCUUCACAUCGCCAUUUGGGUUGUAUGAGUACAACCGCUUGCCUCAAGGCCUGUGCAACAGCCCAGCGACCUUCAUGCGGAUGAUGCUUAACAUCUUCGGUGACCAAAAUUUCCUUAGCCUCCUCUGCUACCUGGACGAUGUCUUGGUGUUCGCCCCUACUGAGGAGCUGGCAUUGGAGCGCCUGGCAAUGGUCUUUGAGCGUCUGCAGAACCACAACUUGAAAUUGGCUCCAAAGAAAUGUCAUUUCUUGCGGAGGUCAGUGAGGUUCCUUGGGCAUGUAAUCAGUGCAGAGGGCAUCGCCACGGACCCGGAGAAAAUCCGGGCCAUCACUGAUGUCACUGAGGCUGAUCUUAUGGAAGAUGGUACGGAUAUCCCAUCCCAAAAGAAACUGCGAUCUUUUCUGGGAAUGGUGGUGUUUUACCAGCAGUUCAUUGAGUGUUGUUCAUCAAUGGCCAAGCCGCUGUUCGCGCUGACGUCUGGCCGCAAAGCACCUUGUCGGAAGGGUAGGAGGUGCCGCCCAACUCCGCGGACAUUGACAGCCGCUGACUGGACAGAGGAGUGUAGACUGGCAUUCUCACGGCUGAAACAGGCUUUGCUGGAUGAGGUUGUGUUGGCCCAUCCGAACUUCAGUGAACCCUUCCUCCUCUCAGUGGAUGCCUCCAAUAACGGCCUUGGAGCCGUUUUGUCUCAGGUGCCAGAAGGGGGUGUAGUAGCGAGACCGAUCGCUUUCGCCAGUAAGUCACUUUCCUAUGCACAGUCAAAAUACCCAGCACACAGACUUGAGUUUUUCGCCAUGAAAUGGGCCAUCUGCGACAAGUUCCAUCAUUGGCUGAGGAUGCACCCAUUUACAGUUUGGACGGAUAACAAUCCAUUGACCUACAUCUUGUCCAAAGCCAAACUGGAUGCGUGCGAACAGAGAUGGGUCGCCAAGCUGGCUCCUUACCAGUUUGAUGUCAAAUACAUCCCAGGCCCCAAAAACAUUGUCGCAGAUGCCCUUAGCAGAGAGCCCUUUGUUCGUCCAAGUGCACUUCACCGCUUGACGAGAGUGGCAUACGACAAGCUGUUGGCUGAAGCUGAGGCUGUGGACACAGAGGAGGUUCAGGACGCGUUUCGUCAGACUACUCACCCACUGGAGAAGAGAGCCGGUGUGGAGUCUUCUGUCACCUGCCAGUGCGCUGCGGUUGUUCGGCCUGGGACUUUGUCAAGACAGGAAGUGGAGGCUGUUCUUCAUUCACACGGGCUGCAGGAACGUGCAGUGACGCCUCACGCGCUGUUGCUGCCACAGUUGCCCCAAGCGAUCUUGCCGGUAGAAGAGGCUGGAACCGAGGUGCUGUCUCAUGACCAGCUCAUGGAGAAGCAGAGAACCGACACAGUGCUGAGCAGGGUGUUCUUCUUUGUGGAAAGGGGGCGACGACCUUCACGGAGAGAGCGUGCUCUGGAACCGGCUGAUGUUGUCCGUCUGCUGAAGUGUUGGGGCAAGCUGAUUGUGAGGGAAGGUGUGCUCUAUCGUGUGUCGAAGAACCCUGUUACAAAGAAGAAGUCUUUCCUGUAUAUUGUGCCCGCUUCCCUGAAGGCGGUUGUGUUGACAGGUGUCCAUGAUGAAGCUGGUCACCAGGGCCAGCAAAGGACCCUGUACCUUGUUCGGCAACGGUUUUAUUGGGCAGGGCUGGAAAAGGAUGUGAGAGAGCACGUGAAACGCUGCAGGCGCUGUAUCGUGAGUAAAACCCCAGAACCAGAGGCUAGAGCACCACUGGAGCACAUUAUAACAACAGAGCCUUUGGAGGUUGUGUGCAUAGACUUCUGGUGCGCGGAGGACUCUAAGAACCGAUCACUGGACGUGCUUGUUGUCACAGACCUAUUCACAAAGAUGGCGAGUGCCUUUCUAUGUCCGAACCAGUCUGCCAAAGCCGUGGCCCACCAACUCUGGCAUAACUACUUCUGUCUUUAUGGAUUUCCAAGGCGUAUUCACUCGGACAGAGGAGCCAAUUUUGAAAGUGCCCUGAUUGCGGAAUUGUUCAGUGUCGCCGGUAUUGAGAAGUCCCAUACGACACCAUAUCACCCGAUGGGCAAUGGUUCAUGUGAGAGGAUGAACCGGACACUGGGCAAUAUGAUUCGGGCUCUACCCCCAAGGGCGAAGCACAGGUGGCCUCAGGCACUGAAAUCCCUGACCUUCGCCUAUAACUGCACCAUCCAUGAGACCACGGGGUAUGCACCGUUUCUUCUGAUGUUUGGCAGAGUACCGAGACUGCCCAUUGACAUGGCUUUCAGCACUGUCCUGGAUACUCCCGAGGUCAUCUGUUACGAUGAGUAUGUUCAGCAUCUACGGAGGAGUCUCAAGGAAGCAAUGGAGAUUGCACAAGCAACGGCGUCCAAGCAGUUAAAGAGGCACGCUGAGCUGUAUGAUCGGAAAGUCCGGGGAGCUCCAGUUGAAGUUGGGGAUCGAGUGUUGUUGGCCAACAAAGGGGAGCGUGGCAAGCGCAAGCUCGCUGACCGUUGGGAAGAUUGCACUUACCUGGUCAUUGGCGUGAAUGCUGACAGUCACACCUUCAAAAUCCAGCAUGGCGCCACUGGUGAUGUGAAAACGGUCCACCGCAACCUGAUAACGCCGGUCAACUUUCUUCCUCUCCCCAAGGAUGCUUCUAUGGAUGGUUGGGAAUUGUCCACUUCCUCUGAUUCAGUGGAACCGCACACGGAGUUGGAUGCAGCUGUGAUGGAUGACGUUGAAUCGACGGAUGCUGCAGAAUAUAGAACCAGAGUCUGGGUUUCUCAGUUACCAUCUGAUGGAUCAAAUAACUUGAGUAUGGAGGUUGACGGUCAGCAUGAGGAAGCUAAGGAAGCUCCUUAUUCUCAGCUGCCCCUUGAUGAGCCACAGGCUUGUGGUUCUGAUCUGCCUGAUGAUGAAGGUGAUCCAAUCCUUUCACCUGUCUCUGGAGGUUUCCUAUCUCGGGACCCUCCUCAAUUGACCCCAGAGUUAAAUUGUGUAGCUGCGGCUGCAGGGUCAAAUGAACAUUUUCCCACACUUCGGGAUUGUAAUGCUCCUCUCCCACCAGUGGUGCCUUCACCAUGUGUUCGGUCCAGAGCAGGGAGGUUGUUGAGGCCUGUGACUAGGCUGAUUGAAAUGAUGGACCAAUGGAUAGAAAUGACCUGAUGAAUGAGUUCAAGUGAAGUGUCUUAAUGCUGCAAAUUGUUUUUCAGCGUUCAUUUUAUGUGUUUUUGCUUGUUUGUAUGGAAUGUGUAUGGUAGGCAGGGGAAUGUGCUUUUGUUUAUUGAUAAUGAAUGUGUUAUUAUAUACACGAUACAGACUAGUUAUUUUUGUGUUUUUUUAUUUAUUUAAAUAUCUAUAUUUUUUUUUUCUCUUUUAUGUGAGGGAGCUUGUGCACAAGUGGUGCUUGAGUGGGACGGGUUGCUAGUGAUUGGGUCCCUGGAUGUUGAUUUAUGAUGGAGGAUUUGUGUGAGUCGCAUUGUGUUUUAGACAUGUGACAGGCAUGUUUACCUGAGAUAGUUGAAGGGGUUUGGCCAGCCUCUUUCUCUUCUAAUUCUCUUUGAGAAUAGUCUCUUGACUGGAUGGCAUGUGACUUCACUGUGUCUGUGUCCUCUGUACUUUAUUGUUAUUAUUGUUUAUUUUUUUUCUUUUUCUUUCUUCUUCCUGGUUUUGUCUGUUUAUAUGGUGUUGAUGAUGGUAUUGUUCUGGACAGUAUUUGCUUGUUUGGUACCUGGAUUUUCUUUCUUUGCUUUGGCUGGUCCGCAUGUGUGUAUUUUUUUUGUGGAUGGGUUGUGAGCAAGUGGAAUUCAGCAGGGGGGAGUGUAACAGGAGUUAAAUGGUUCAUUCCACUUGCAGGUCCUGUCAUAUUUGUAAGUUAUUGCCAGUCAUAUUUGCAUUGUAAACAUGUGGUGGAUUCUGAUUGGUUAGUGGGCCUUUCCGUGGCACAUAGACUCCGCUUCCUGCUUCCGCUCUGUGCCAGUAAUAUAUGGAUUGCGCCCAUGCUGCCUGUGAGCUGUGCCGACUGCUGUGUGACACUACCCGACCAAUCGGUCUCCAUUUAUGUUCAACAGGUACCUAUUUUUGUAAAUAUAUUUUUGGUUUACUUUGAUAAUUUAUGUAAUGGCCAGUAAUAUAUGGAUUGCGCCCAUGCUGCCUGUGAGCUGUGCCGACUGCUGUGUGACACUACCCGACCAAUCGGUCUCCAUUUAUGUUCAACAGGUCCAACAAGCCAACAGCAGUAAAGUUACACAAAGCAUCCCUGGUUGUCGUCAUUGUCCCUGAAACACAACACAACGCAGAGUCACAACAAAAAUAACAAAG